AUGCUGCAGCGCAGCCCACCGCCCGGGCUUCCUGACCCGUCCCACCAAGCCGAGCAGCCGACCGCCGCGCCGCCCUGCAGCAGCACCGUCGAGCCGCCCGGGCAACCGAGCAGCCGGACAGCCGACCGCCGAGCCGCCCAGCAGCCGAGCAGCCGAGCCGCCCUGCAGCCGAGCCGCCCAGCAGCCGAGCAGCCGAGCCGCCCAGCAGCCAAGCCGCCCAGCAGCCGAGCAGCCGAGCCGCCCUGCAGCCGAGCCGCCCAGCAGCCGAGCCGCCCGAGCUGCCCUGUCCGAGUCCUCGCUUUUGACGCUGAGGGUCGAGCCAUUGACUUUGACGUCUGGGUAGAUGACCUGCAGCUGUUCUUACAGUGCGAUAGGGCAGACGGUCUCUCUCUCUUUGACCUCACCUCUAGCGCCUCUCCUGCCCCUGCUGCUGAUGCUGACGCCACUGUUCGCUCCCAAUGGGCCACACGCGACGCUGCUGCACGUCUUGCUGUACGUCGCCACCUCCCUACCUCCGAGCGUGCGCACUUUAGUCAGUACAAGAGUGCUCAGACCUUGUACGACGCUGUAGUUGCGCGCUACUCCUCCCCUGCCACUGCUGCACUGAGCCGUCUCAUGCUACCGUACCUCUUCCCUCACCUUGCUGCCUUUCCCACUGUCGCUGACCUCAUUACGCACCUCCGCACUAGUGACACUCGCUACCGUGCUGCGCUUCUGUGA